UUCCCUUUUAAUAGUAUAACUGUAGCUUCAGCAGCUUGAAAGUGACAUUUAAGGUUAGUUUCAAGGUGAAAUAUCUUCAUGAGUGACGAGUGUUUCGGAAGUAAAAGUACACAGGAACAAUUUGAAAUCAACUGGUGUUCCGGUGAAGGAAAUUCAAUACGACUUGUUGAACAGACAUAACAAGAACUGCUGCUGGAGUGGUUGCAUUUCAACUAGGAUGCAACGAAGAAGGAGAAGAAGGCAAGCGCCGGUGAAAAGUAUAGCGAAAUCCUUUAUUCAGUUCCUUGAGGAAAAUGACUUAAAGCACGAAAUGGCUAAGUCAGAUUUGAAGGAAAAAUAUGAGUUACAAUUUCGCCCUUCGUGCAAUGGGUCGAGUGUUUGUUUCUCGAGAGUACUUUCCACACUCAAGAAUCGCCUAAAUCUGUGUCAGGUAAUCCGUGGUCGCGUUGUUUUUGGCGACGGGGAGGCUGCAGCACUUCGAAUUCUCGAUUCUGACGAAUCGACCUCUGAAGAGGAAGAGAGAGAUGACAUGGAGAGAAACCUUCGCUGCACGACGUGCAAGAUGGAUUUUCAUACUGAUGCUCUCCUAAGAAAGCAUUUGGAAUCGGGUAGUCACCAUCAGCAGAGUGUCUUGCGGACGAUUCGACAAUCAGUAGAAAAGCCAGACCUUGUUAAGGAUAAAAGGGGAAUAACGGUUACCUCUGUACCACCAGGGAACGAAAAUGGCGUCAUUGAAUUAAAGGUUCAAAGAAACAAGAGAGAACAAAUCACUUUGAUAGUGAAAAACACCGGCACCGAAGAAGUUGAAUUGAAGGACAUAACUCUUUUAUGGAAGGUGAAUUUCUUCCAGUGCUCAGACUUAUUAAGAAUUGGUUCAAACGGGGAAGAUGUUGAUGCAGGCUGAAGCGAGAUAGCCUUCACAUGGAGAAGUUGGAGCGUUAUGACAUUCCUCCCACCGUCAUUGCUCAGCAAGAUCGAAAGGGAAUCAGGGAAAAGCUAGAAAAACCGCUAACAUUUGACACCUACAAGGAAAAGUUUCGGCUUCUUCUCCAAUUAGAAGAAAUUCAAAUGCGAAAAGACAUCAGGCACUACGACAUGAAAGAGGUAGAGCUUGAACAAGACAGAGAUGACAGAGGGUUGCUGAAACUGGAGGUACCAGGCCUUGCCGAAAAUCGUCCAUCGGUAUUGCGUGGUGAUAGAAUAUAUGCAUACGAACAUGGUUUGCGUCAUCAUCGUUACGAAGGAAUUGUCCAUAAAGUUAAGCUGCAGGAUCUAAUACUCGGAUUUGACAGGUCAAAGAUACCGUUUAUCAAAGGGAAAAAGUUCGACAUCCAGUUCACAUUUAAUAGACUUACGGUGCAGAUGGAACAUCGCGCCUGUGAACGGAUUGCGUCAGAAUGCAAGAAGGACAUGCGAGAAGUUCUUUUUCCACAGCAAGAAAUUCUACAUAGAGGCGUGAUUGUUAACCAAGUGGACGAUCGAUCCUUUUACGAUCGAAACUUAAAUGAUGAACAAAAGCAGGCAGUGCAGAAGAUUUUGUCGGGAUCGUCUCGCCCUGCUCCUUACCUUGUGUUUGGACCUCCUGGAACUGGGAAAACCGUUACUUUGGUGGAAGCUAUCAAACAGAUACACAAACAGAUUAACUCGAGUGUCAUUCUUGUGUGUGCGCCUGAAAACAGUGCCGCUGACUUGCUGGCAGAGCGUUUGUUGGAUCAUGUUGACAAAGGCAAGUUAUUUAGGAUGUAUGCUGCAUCAAGAACCUGGGACUCCGUGUCACUGCGUCUCAAGGAGCAUCAGGAUCCUCACGCACAAGUGAUGAAUUUUGACCGUGUGACACGUGAAGUGCAUUAUCCCUCCAAGGAGGAAUUGACGAGGAACUAUCGCAUAAUUGUUACUACUCUGGUAACUGCAGGAAGAUUGGUGUCUGCAUCAUUUCCCCGCCGUCAUUUUACGCACAUUUUCAUAGACGAGGCGGGGCAUGCAACAGAACCCGAGUGUAUAAUCCCUUUGGCGGACCUUCUGGACCCUGCUAACCCCAUAGGAGGUCAGCUGGUGCUUGCAGGAGAUCCUAAGCAGUUAGGACCAAUCCUUAGGUGCAAAAAAACACAGGAAUAUGGCCUCGGCAUUUCCCUUUUGGAGCGUUUGAUGAUGUCAUGCAACACGUACCGGCGAGAACCAGACAAAGGUUACAAUCCCAAUCUGUUGACAAAACUUGUCAACAACUACCGCUCCCACAGAGACAUCAUCGAGAUUCCCAAACAACUGUUUUACGACAAUGAAUUGAAAGAAUGUGCUGGGGAGAUUGGGGAUAUUAUGCUUGACUGGGAGGAGCUACCAAAUAAGAAAUUUCCGAUGAUCUUCCACGCGGUGUAUGGCAAAGACGAACGAGAAGAGAACAGUCCUUCGUUCUUUAACGUGACUGAAGUGGAAACUGUGGAAUUGUACCUGAAGAAACUUUUGGAUGACAAGCGCAAGCACCUUAAACCUAAGAUGGUUGGAAUCAUUUCGCCGUACAAGAAACAAGUGCAAAAGAUUCAGAAGAUGAUUGAAAAGAGACGACUCGGUUCAGGAAUUAAAGUUGGCAGCGUGGAAGAAUUCCAGGGACAAGAACGUAUAGUGAUCAUCUUGUCAACUGUAAGGAGCACCAACAAAGAUUACCUUGACAUGGACAAAGAAUUUCACCUUGGAUUCUUAGACAACCCGAAGCGAUUCAACGUCGCCGUAACCCGUGCCCAGGCUCUCUUGAUUGUAAUUGGAAACCCAAACAUGCUUCGUAUGGAUGAAAAUUGGACAAGACUGCUGGAGUACUGCAAUGAAAACGAUGCAUGUGUUGGUGCGGAAAGGAACAACGAAGCUGCGAAUAUAGCAAACGUUCUGAGAAAACUUCACCUCUACGAAGAGGAAUCACCAGAAGUCAGAGAUUCAGAGAUCAGUCAACGUCAACUACAAGAACAACCAGAGUGGCCGAGGCGGGAAUGAUUUUCUGCUGCACUAGUCUCACAAACACGUCUCACCUAAGUCUGUGGAACGCUUCUUGGGAGUUGUUCCUGGCAUGAGUCAUGUCUCAAAGGGUUGCACACUCAGAUUUCAAUUUAAGUUCUAACUAGCCAAUUUUUUGCAACUGGGGUUGUCUUAACAUGAUUGCAGGAAGGUGUGUAAGCAUGUGAUGGGAACGUUCAAAGGUAUUAGAUGUGGAAUGGUGAAAUAA